AUGCCUCUUGUCGUACCAGGAAUCACCUCAACCGGUGGCGGGGACAACGUACAGAACGAGUGGAUGAGCAAACUCAUGGGCAAGAAGCUGACCGACUCUGCCAGUGACCACUCCGUCAGUACAAUCGGCUUUAUGCUGUCAGCACAAUUCCGUGCACAGAUGGGUAGAUCUAACACCCGUGGUGAACAGUCCUUCUCCAAGAAAGAGUUGCCGUCCAACCACCGAGUAGUGGAAGGCGAGUCAAUGAUGAGUAUGGAUCAUAAACCAGAUAGACUCAAUGUGCACGUUGAUAAAGAUGGCAUUCGGUUAGAGCUCUGGGCGGGUUGGCGAUCGUAG